AUGGUUGCCAGCCGUGUUCUUCUCCUGUUUGUGGUUGCCGCGGCCAUGGCGCAGCAGACAAACCUCGGCUACGAGCGCCUUGCAGAGAGGCGUGAUGCUCUCCCUCCCAUUCCUGGAGUGGGUGUUGUCGCCACAUUCUUCGACGACACAGUCAACAUCAUCAACGAGAUCAGUCACUGGCUGUCGUCCAAUAUCACUGCCGGAUUGUGA